ACAUCUUCCUGGAGGUUGACGUGGAUGAUGUUGAAUAUGGCAGAGACUAAAACAGAUCUGACAGCUGAUGCCUCAAACAGCAGCAGUAAUAAUGUGUCCUCACAGCCCAACAAUCCGCUGUCCAGAAAACUGCACAAGAUCCUGGAGACGCGACUCGACAAUGACAAGGAGAUGCUGGAAGCGCUGAAGUCUCUGUCCGUGUUUUUCACUGAGAACAGCCUGAGAACCAGGAGGAACCUGCGAGGAGACAUCGAGAGACGCAGCCUGUCCAUCAAUGAAGAGUUUGUGCGCAUUUUUAAAGACGUGAAGGAGGAGCUCGAGAGCGUUCACGAAGACGUUCAGGCCAUGAGCUCCUGCUGUGAAGAAAUGACCAACAGGUUAAAGGCAGCCAAAGAGCAAACCCAGGACUUGAUUGUGAAAACCAACAAACUUCAAGGAGAGAAUCAUCGGUUGGAGGUUCGGGCUCAGGUCGCUCAGGCGUUCCUGUCAAAGUUUCAGCUGUCGGCCGCUGAGAUGGCAACGUUACGCUCUGCACGAGAUGGGCCUAUAACUGAGGACUUCUUUAGGGCGCUGAACCGUGUGAAGAACAUCCAUGAAGAUGUGAAGGUGCUGCUGAGAACCAACCAGCAAACAGCAGGGCUGGAGAUUAUGGAGCAGAUGGCGGUGUUACAGGAGACGGCAUACGAGCAGCUCUAUCGCUGGGCACAGAACGAAUGCAGAGGGUUGACUCAGGAAACAUGUGAUAUUCCUCCUGUGUUGAGUCAGGCUAUGGAGUCUCUCCAGGAUCGGCCUGUUCUUUAUAAGUACACACUGGAUGAGUUCGGGACGGCGCGGCGUUCUGCGGUGGUCCGAGGCUUUAUUGAUGCCCUGACCCGCGGAGGCCCAGGCGGCACCCCGAGACCCAUAGAGAUGCACUCUCACGAUCCCAUGAGGUAUGUUGGGGACAUGUUGGCCUGGCUCCACCAAGCCACAGCUUCAGAGAAGGAGCACCUGGAAGCUCUGCUCAAACAAGUGACAGUGCAGGGCGUUGAAGAAAACAUGCAGGAAGUCGUAGGCCACAUCACUGAAGGAGUGUGCAGGCCUCUCAAGGUGCGCAUCGAGCAGGUGAUCAUUGCAGAGCCCGGUGCGGUUCUUCUCUAUAAACUCUCCAACCUGCUCAAGUUCUACCAUCACACUAUCAGUGGCAUCAUGGGUACCAGCGUUUCCUCUCUGCUGAUGACCAUGGAUGAGAUGCACAUGCUCAGCAAGAAGAUGUUCUUUAACAGUCUCAGCCUUCACGCAAGUCGCCUCAUGGAUAAAGUAGAGCUUCCUCCUCCUGAUCUGGGUCCCACUGCCUCACUUACUCAGACUCUGUCUCUGCUCAGAGAGGUUUUGGCAUCCCAUGAUUCAUCAGUUCUGCCUCUGGAUGCCCGUCAGGCUGAUUUUGCGCAGGUGUUGUCCUGUAUCCUCGACCCGCUGCUGCAGCUGUGCACAGUGUCGGCCAGUAACCUGGGCACUGCAGAUAUGGCCACCUACAUGGUGAACUCCCUCUACAUGAUGAAGACCACACUGGCGCUCUUCGAGUUCACAGACAAACGCUUGGAAAUGCUGGAAUUUCAGAUCGAGGCUCACCUGGACACUCUAAUCAACGAGCAGGCGUCUUUUGUGCUGACCAGAGCAGCGCUGAGCCACAUCUACAGCUGUGUCCAGCAACACACCACAGAUCAGGGUCCCUUGGCAAACCUCCCUGGCAUGGACAGCACAUCCUUAAAAACAGCCAUGGUCCAGUUUGACCGUUAUUUGGCCUCUCCUGAUACACUUGUGAUGCCGCAGCUCAACUUCCUGCUCAGCGCUGCUAUCAAGGAGCAGAUCUUCAGGCAGUCCACAGAGCUGGUGUGUGGUGCAUAUGCAGAGGUGUACAAGGCUGUCACCAACCCUACCAACACCUAUAAAGACGCAGAGUCAGUCCUGCACAGAUCCCCACAGCAGGUACAAGCCCUGCUCUCCUAAAGCCAACACACACACACUAACACGUGAUGUGAUGUCCAACACACUCAAUGUUCUGGGUCUGACAGUGGAUUCAGGACACCGGGCCAUGUUGGAGUGCUCUCGACUGGUGAAGGGAUGAUUUUUAUGUCUUUUUUUACAGUUUAAUGUCAGUUAUGUGAAUCAAAGACAGUCGUGCGCACAGAAAUGUGUCUCGUGUUCUCCGUGGACAGCAUUUUUUAGUUUUGGAUCGAGAUCCCCACUAGCAGGCCCGGGGGAAGCAAACUGCAGACUUUAUCAUUGACAUAUAUAUACACACACACACACACACACACAUACUCACACGUACAUAAAUAUACAUACAGUCAUUAGAUUGCGCACGCUGGGGCUUUUUCUUUCACAGCUACAAAGGCCUGAAAUGAGUCAGCGUCAGUCUGUCAUCUGGAAACUGUGUGUUCUGUACAUCUCUGUAUGUGUGUGUGUGUGUGUGUGUGUGUGUGUGUGUGCGUGUGUGUGUGUGUGUUUAUA